GCACGCGAUAGACAAAUGAAGCUUAUCUCCUUGCAAGUGGUUUCAUGCACGCACGCGCAGUGUAGGACCGUUGCCAGUGUACGGAGGGUUGUUAGGACUAAAAUUGGAGACAGUGCGAAACAGAGUGAAACCCGGCAGGCCUGCAGCAAGGGGUAGUGACAGCCCGAGGGUGUUCAUGUUCCCCCGGGUUAGGGGCUCUGAGGGCAGCCUGUAUGGGAGACAUGGAACUGCUGCUGCCUCAGUGACUGAGGGGACAGAACCAGUUUCAUCACCUGAGAGGACCACAAACAGUAGGGAAAGAUGAAAAUCUUCUCGGAGUCCCACAAGACGGUGUUUGUUGUAGACCACUGCCCAUACAUGGCAGAGUCCUGCAGGCAACAUGUGGAGUUUGACAUGCUGACCAAAAACCGUACACAAGGCAUUAUACCUCUGGCGCCAAUAUCUAAGUCACUGUGGACCUGUGCUGUGGAAACAUCUCUGGAAUACUGCAGGAUAAUGUAUGAUAUAUUUCCUUUCAAGAAACUGGUGAACUUCAUAGUCAGUGAUUCCUGCUCCCGCAUACUGAAUUCUUGGUCCCACGAAGAUCAGAAUUUACAGGAGCUUAUGGCAGCUUUAGCAGCCAUUGGGCCUCCAAACCCUCGCACAGACCCUGAGUGCUGCAGUAUUCUGCAUGGCUUGGUUGCCGCUGUGGAAUCGCUGUGUAAAAUCACAGAUUACCAGCACGAGUCCAGGACUGUACUAAUGGAGAAUGCGGAUCAUGUAGCUAACCGAGGUCGUAUCAUCUGUAUCACCAACGCUAAGAGUGAUAGUCACGUCCAGAUGCUGGAGGAUUGUGUAAAUGAGACAAUUCAUGAACAUAACAAGCUGGCAGCCUGCUCAGAUCACCUCAUGCAAAUACAGAAAUGUGAGCUGGUGUUAAUCCAUAUCUACCCGGUUGGUGAGAACAGUCUGGUGUCUGAUCGCUCCAAAAAGGAGUUGUCGCCUGUUCUAACGAGUGAAGUUCACAGUGUCCGUGCCGGUCGCCAUCUGGCCACUAAACUUAACCAUUUAGUUCAACUACACUUUGACUUGGCUUCCACUACCAUAACCAACAUCCCAAUGAAGCCCACACUCAGUGUCUGUGAUCAGGAAGAACAACAUGCAAACACCUCUGCAAAUUAUGACGUAGAACUUUUCCAUCACAAGGAAGCUCAUAUAGAUUUUAUGAAGAGCGGUGAGGGUCAUAUUGGGGCCUACAGAGAACCAACACUAAAGGAAACUGUGACCCUGAAGUGGUGCACCCCCAGGACUAACAAUGUGGAGUUACAUUAUUGUACUGGUGCAUUCCGAAUAUCCCCGGUAGACGUAAACAGCAGACCUUCCUCUUGUCUUACCAACUUCCUGUUGAAUGGUCGGUCAGUUUUGUUGGAGCAGCCGCGUAAGUCAGGAUCCAAAGUGAUUAGUCAUAUGCUAAGCAGCCACGGCGGGGAGAUCUUCCUACACGUCCUGAGCAGUUCUCGGUCUAUACUAGAGGACCCACCUUCCAUCAGUGAAGGCUGCGGUGGAAGAGUGACCGAUUAUAGGAUUACGGACUUUGGUGAGUUCAUGAGGGAGAACAGAUUGAUGCCGUUCCUAGAGCCUCAGUACAAGAUGGAUGGCAGUUUAGAGAUUCCACUGGAGAGAGCCAAAGAGCAGCUGGAGCGACACACCCGUUACUGGCCAAUGAUUAUCUCACAAACGACCAUCUUCAACAUGCAGGCUGUGGUGCCUCUUGCCAGCGUCAUAGUAAAAGAAAGUUUAACAGAGGAAGAUGUCCUAAACUGCCAGAAAACCAUUUACAAUCUAGUGGAUAUGGAAAGAAAAAAUGACCCGCUGCCCAUCUCUACCGCUGGUACUCGAGGGAAAGGACCCAAACGAGACGAGCAGUACCGUAUCAUGUGGAAUGAGCUGGAGGCCCUUGUUCGCGCGCACCUCAAUAACUCAGACAAGCACCAACGUGUGAUAGAUUGUGUUAUGGCUUGCCGAAGUAAACCGCCCGAGGAAGAGGAGCGUAAAAAGCGAGGGAGGAAGAGGGAGGACAAAGAAGAAAAGUCUGAAAAGGCAUCCAAAGAUAAUGACCAUGAAAAGAAGGGUCAGGAAUCGGAACGAGUUAAAUCUGUGAUAGAGCGGGAAAAAGAAGAUGCAACAGAAUCGGAAAUAAUAAAAGAUUCUCCUGAUUCUCCAGAGCCGCCAAAUAAAAAGCCUCAUGUUGUUGUGGAGGAUGUGACACCCGCAGAAAAGUCUAAAGGCCCCAUGUCCCUCUUGAGUUUAUGGAGCACAAGAAUCAACGCUGUAAAUUCUAGAAAGCACCAGGAGUUUAUCGGUCGUCAGAACUCGAUCAACAACAAAGCUGAGUUGUACCAACAUCUGAAAGAGGAGAAUGGUGUGGAUGCCGCAGAAAAUGGCAAAGCCAGCCGGCAGUGACCUCCUGGAGCACCAAUCGAACUCUAAUAUUCAGCUUAACUGUAUAGACAUCUUUUAGAAUUUUUUUUUAUUAUUAUUUUUUUGUCCCUUUUAGCUUUUUCUAUAUGUAAAUGUACAGAUGCCCAAAAAAUGUCCACACACUCAUCAGGCAUAACAUAUUUUUAAUACACUGAAAACUGCCAUAUUGUUUCUUGUUUACAACAAUGGAUCUGCCUGAUAUUACGGCCCAAAUAUAUUAAAGUUUUUGUUUAAUUA